AUGAACGUAGAGGGCAACGCCCCCGCUGUUUCUAGAGUGGUGCGAGAAGAAUGCAUGGUAGUCGGGGAGUGUGAAGAGGUGUUGAAUGCCUUGAUUAACGGGCUUGUUGUUGGGCGUGACUCACACAAGUUUCCCUGUGUAAACAAGUUUGUCAAGCAAGUUGGUGCCGAAGAGGUUCACGUCAUAGGCCUCGCGCUGGCAGAGGCUGGGGAGGUCUGGGAUAUCGUCUGCGACCACGCCGACGAAAAGCAUGUUCGCAACGCCUUAGACGUCCUCAAGAAGAAGCCCUUCACUAUCUUCUGGAUGAAGUUCCGGAACUGCAAACUCCAGCGGAUUGCGGACUACGUUUUCCUCGGGCUCGACGUGCGGCACCUCAACAUCAUCCGCAGUAAUGUUUCCGCUAUUGAGAGGUUUCACAUGUCGGCGCUCGGGACACGAUCGAGGGCGCUGGACUUGCCAACAACAACAUCCGCGAGUCCCAACCGCCGCCUCGCCAUGCUGAAGAUGCUGACCUUCCUCAACCUCAACUACAACCAGAUCCAAGUGCUGACCGAGGGCGCCUUCGCUGGCCUUCGCUCCCUCGAACGCCUCUCCCUCUACGAGAACAAAAUCCAACACAUCCACAACAAAUGCUUUCAAAGGACAUCGGAAGGUUGAGGGGAAAGGGGUUAAUGAGGGAAGGGGUUGGGGAAACUGAUGCGUCUAAACCUCGGGAAGAACAACCUGGACGACAUUCCUACAGACGCCUUCCACCCUCUGGUUAAUCUCGAGGUGCUGGACCUCCACGAAAACCGUAUAAGGCACAUCCCUGAUAAUGCUUUCCAAGGCCUCACCAAGCUGGACAUGCUCAAGCUGGAACACAACCUCAUUACGACCAUCCAGGACAACGUGUUCAGUGACCUCUCCGUGCUGAACUCACUGAACAUUGAACACAACCAUAUUGUCAACGUUAGCGAUAGAGCCUUCGCUGGCCUGGAGAGUAACUUGGAAUGGCUUGAGAUGGGCAACAACCGGCUGGACCACAUCCCUUCCCACGCCCUCCGCCCGCUGCACAACCUCCGUCAGCUGGACCUCGACGCCAACAAGAUCACCGAGCUCAGCGAAGACGCCUUCAAGGGAUACGGCGACACCAUCAAGUAUAUUCUCCUGGACAAAAACCGAAUCACACACAUACCUCCACUCGCCUUCGUUGACCUCCACUCCCUGGAAUGGCUGAAACUCUCCCAUAAUGAGAUAACAACGUUGACUGAAGACACCGUUCAGCCAAUCCUUGAUACUGUAACCAUGAUUGAUGUAUCAAAGAAUCCACUGAUCUGCAACUGCGACCUGCUCUGGCUCCGGCGCUGGGUCAGCAACCCCAACAACAAGGACCCGGCAGAGGAGAUGGAGUGCGUGACCACCGACCAGAAGGCCCACAACAUUAAGAACCUUCCCGUCCAGGAAUUCAACAAGCAACCCUCCCCGUCUUCUGCAGCCGUGCUCGCCUGCUCGCCGGUGCUCACAGCCGUGGCCAUUGCUUCAACCCUGCUCUGAGACUCCGUUCUGACCUCGUUAUCCGGCGCACACACUCAUCCACCGACAUGUUUUUAUAAUGUCCUUUUUUUAGGCCUUUAAUGUACUUGUAUCUCUUCUCUCAGCUGUGUUCAAUGCAACGCCACUAGCUUGACUUUAGUGUCGCGGAAUGGCCCCGGAGGGACCCAGGCCUCGCCAGGAGCCUCGCCUCCCCCGGGCGCUGUCGGGGGAUUGCCGCCCGAAAUGAGCACCGCAUAUGCACGUGCAUGUAUGUUUCACACGUGCAAAUGGACAUACAUACGUAUAUACACACUCGUAUAUAUGUAUAAAUAUAUAUGUAUAUAUAUAUAUAUUUACAUAUGUACACACACACAUAUAUAUAUAAAUAUAUAA